GCAGCUUUUCACACCCGUCAUCUAACGCCACCUUUACUGCGACCAGAGCACAUUUCCUGUUUCCUAAAGCAAGGACCAUCUGCCAUCUGUGCUCUAAUAGCUGUGACGCAGACCUCUGCAAUAGCAAUAUAGCACACCUGAAGCACAAUCCGAACAAUGUCGACUGAUGUCCUCGUCCCGGACGUGGAUUAUGGGGAUGGGGAGCACACUAGCAGCGAGGCGUUGAAAAAAAAGUGGCUGACAUUGGAUCCAGAGGACCCUCGACUGCAAGCCGUCAACGAGGAGCAGGAAUUCACGCCAUUUCUACUGGACUACAUGCGCGAUAAGUGGCAUGUUACAGACCAAGGAUUUGAUUAUAAUGUGGUGGCCGUGUUCGGGUCUCAGAGUACAGGAAAAAGUACCCUCUUGAACCGGCUUUUUGGAACUAAUUUUGAUGUAAUGAAUGAGACCGCUCGUCAGCAAACAACAAAAGGUAUUUGGGUGAGCAAGGCUGCUGAUCGCAGUUUACUUGUCCUUGAUGUGGAAGGAACGGACGGUCGGGAGCGCGGAGAAGAUCAGGAUUUUGAGCGGAAAAGUGCUUUAUUCUCACUCGCAAUUGCUGAAGUGCUGAUUAUCAAUAUGUGGGAGCAUCAAGUUGGACUAUAUAACGGGGCCAAUAUGGGCCUCCUAAAGACCGUGUUUGAGGUGAACUUGCAACUCUUCCAACAAAAGGGAUCGCCCAAGACGUGUCUGUUUUUUGUUAUCCGUGAUUUCACUGGGGCAACUCCAAUGGAAAACUUGCAAGCUACGUUGAUGAAAGACUUGGAAAAAAUAUGGGCGGGCCUGGUUAAGCCUGCCGGGAAAGAAAGCUCUUCGAUUGGCGACUUCUUCGAGUUCAACUUCGCUGGGCUACCGCAUAAAAUUUAUGCGCGGGAAAGCUUUGAGGCGGAGGCACAGAAGCUAAAGAAUCGGUUUUACGAUAAACAGGAUCCGGCGUUCACAUUUAAACCGGUGUUUCAUAAGCACAUUCCUGCUGAUGGAUUCCCCAAAUUUGCUGAAUCAAUCUGGGAGAAGAUUGUGUCCAAUCGCGACCUCGAUCUACCAACACAGCAGCAACUAUUAGCUCAAUAUCGAUGCGACGAAAUUAUGCGGGUGGUUUACGAGGGUUUCAACGAUAAUAUCAAAGGUUAUCGCAGCCAAUUGGAAGCGGGGAAAGUUCUGGAAGAAAUGGGAAGGGAAACGGAACAGUAUUAUCGCAAAGCCCUUGAAGCAUUUGACAAGGACGGUAGUCGCUACAACAAAGAGGUGUAUGAGAAGAAGCGGGCUGAAUUCGUAGACAAAAUGGCGACCGCUUUGCACGUGUACUAUGUUCAGCAACUGCGUAAUCUUCAUAAGCGGGCGCUUAACCUCUUCAAUGAGAAACUGACGGAAAGCUUGAAAGCCGAUGAUAGCGACUUUGCGCGGAAGUUAAAUGAUGCCAGAGAGCAAGCGGAGGCUUAUUAUCGAUCUGUGGAAGAGGGAACGAGAUUGAAAGAUGCGAACUGGUCCAGUGACGAGUACUUCUUCCAAUUCAAGACGGAAAUUGAUGAGAUUGCAGCGCGGAAGAGAACAGAGGCGAUGGAAAGAAUAGUUAAAAGUCUUGAGAGAUUUAUCGCCGGAAAUUUGACCGAGCCAAUCGAGGUGUUACUGAACGAUGGUCCUAUCGACGUAUGGACGCGUAUCAUCGAUGCUUUCAAUGACACGAUUGUAGAAGCGGAAGAAAAAUUGCGCAAGCGCCUUUCAGGGUUCAAUUCGAGUGAACAGGAGGUCGCAGCUUCUGUUCAAGAUAUGAAGAUGGAAGCCUGGGGUAUCUUGCAGAAGACGAUUCAUGAUGAGUUUGCUGAUGUCAAGGUCAUUGAAAGACUUAGACAUAAGUUUGAGGGGAAAUUCCGAUACGAUGAAGCUGGUUUACCGCGUGUGUGGAAGCCUGGAGAUGAUAUCGACGGACAGUUCAGUAAAGCGAGGGAUGAAGCCGACAAUCUGUCAGUCCUCUACUCCAAAAUUGAUGUUCCUCUAUCGAAAUUGGAUUCAGCCAUCACAGAGGAUGAGCGGUUUGAUCCUCAUUCGAUGGUCGUACUGUCUCCCGCGAAGCUUCAAACCCUGCGCGACAGGUUCAAGCGUGAAGCUGAUCUGCUCUUUGUAGAGGCGAAGCGCUCCAUCGUUGUCACCACGGCAAAGAUCCCGAUGUGGUUUGUAGUCAUGACGGCUGUCUUGGGAUGGAACGAAUUCGUUGCAGUAUUGUCGAACCCACUAUAUUUCUUGAUGCUAAUCAUAUUAGCGGCUGUCGCGUAUGCUACUUGGUACACCGGUAUGGCAAAACCUGCCUUUAAUGUUGCCAGAGCAACCGUUCGGGAGGCAGCAAAGGAAGCCGGAAAGAGGUUGAAAGAGAAAGGAGUUGAUGUCGACGGAUUCAUGGACGGGAGUCUGAUUCGAAAUGGUACAACUCUCGCCGCCACUGCGACCAGCGAAGGUGUAAAGCGGUUGCAGCGGGAGCUUGCCAGAUCAUCGUCAAGUCCGGCCGCAUAUGGAAAUCGAUGGCCGACGGAGAAUGACGGCGAUGCCGUUGAAAUGGUCCCUGCUGCCGGCCGAAGCGCUGAAAGUGUCAGCGGACGGAGAAGGACGACGAGGGAAAAUGACUGUGCGAAUGAGUGAAAAACACAUCUUUGACAUGUAUCCGGGCUAGACUGUAGAUUUGGAUGAGCUGGCUUUGCUUAUUAUUAGAUGGGCCGGGCAGGUCCUUUAUUGUGCGAAACCUUUGAGUUAUGCGAAAUUCAGAUAUUGAAGAUUGCAUCGAUUGUAUUCAUUGUUCCUUAUAUAUCAUAUUCUGUUCUGCACUUUUGUUCACAUGAAUUGAAUAUGUACAAAGUGGUCUUCUACAUAAUGUCUAUCUGCAACGAUGUAGACUUUGCAACCAGU